ACAUGUCAUCAAGUCGUCGAGGAGCCGCAGGGGACCUGCUAGUAAAUCUGCCGCGGUGUUGACCGGCAGCCUCCAGCCCACAUGCCGUUGUUCCCUCCAGCAUGUGAUGUGGCAGCAAAGGCCUUGCCCCCUCGGCUGCUCGCCCCCCCUCCUGGACCCAACGAACCUGUCACCAAGACCCCAAAAGAGGAGGUGAAGAUGGAGCUGGAGAACGCCUCUCUUUGGAAACAGUUCAGCUCAGUGGGCACAGAGAUGAUCAUAACAAAGAAGGGCAGACGGAUGUUCCCUGGGCUGAGGUUAAAAGUGUCCGGCCUUAACCCGUCUCUCCGUUACAUCCUCCUUUUGGACAUCGUUCCAGCUGACAACUCCCGCUACCGUUUCCAAGGCGGUGGCUGGCAGGCUGUAGGCGGAGCCGAGGCGAGGCUGCCGGAUCGGGUUUUCAUCCACCCAGACUCCCCUGCGACAGGUGCUCACUGGCAGGGCCGCACCAUCUCGUUCCACUACGCCAAGCUGACUAACAACACACUUGACACACAGGGACAUAUUAUCCUGCACUCACUGCAUCGUUACCAACCCAGAAUCCAUGUCAUUGAAGCAAGAGAUGUGUUGAGGUGGGGUGGAGGGCAGCACUCCUUUGUUUUUCCUGAGACCCAGUUCAUUACCGUCACUGCCUACCAGAACAACAAGAUUACAGAGCUUAAGAUCAACUCCAACCCGUUUGCUAAAGGUUUCAGAGAGGACGGCAUGAACAGCAAAAAACAAAGAGAUGCAAGACAGAAGCGGAAAAUGUCUGCCUUGGCAGAAACCUUAGAUAUUGUCAACUGCGAUCCAUGUGACUCCACUGAACUCCUGCCACAGCAGAUGAGCACCAACACCUCCUCCAGCACAGACCUGCAGACCCUCACUCUCUCCUCUCUGCCCCCACUGCCUGACCCCUCCUGUGGAUUCAGACAAGACGAGGCCACUUAUCAGGACACUCUGGUCCCCCAGCAGCCACUGGACCUUGGCCAUGCAUUCAUGGAAUCCGGGAUGUCAGAUAUCGGCCUCUCAAUGUCAGAUGGGAUGCAAGACCCGGCAGGAAGUGAGAUGACGAAUACGAUGAUUGAAAGAUCAGACACUUUGGGUGAACCAGCAUACACCUCCACCUUCCCUGCAGCUGAACCCAACGCCUCCUCUUUCCCCUCAGCCCCUCUCCCACCUACAUCCUCCUUCACUGACACUUCUGAUUCAUCCAACCCUCAUCCUAACAUCCCUCCUAUCGACUACCCCUCCAUCCUCGCCUCCUCCCCUAUCCUCUCCUCCUCCUCCACCACCACUCCCUCUCUGCAGCAGACCUCUUUCACCUUCCCCACCCCACCUCCUUCUAACUCCUCCUCUCCACAGCCACUCCUGUCCUCCUCUUCCUCCCCUGCUGCCAACACCUAUCACACCAUCCAGGAGACGAUUAGUCCUCAUACACCCACAGAUGCCUCCUUUUCUGCUCCAUCAGGUCUGCAGGAGCAAAUGUCAGCUCAUUCAAAUAACUCACCAAGCAGUCACAGCUCAACAGUAUUUAUAUAUCCCAAUAUCCCUCCUGAAAAUCCUGCUCCUGCUCCAACCCUCCCAAAUCAAAGCUACCCUCCUCCUUCCACUCUGCCGUGCUCUUUACCCCCUCAUGGUGCCCCGUCAUCAUUCACCCUCCCUCCACAUGUGCAAAAUCUUUCAUUCCCAAAUGUGCCCUCUAACCCUACCCACCCUGCCCUUCACCUCCCAAACCAAGCCCCCUCCCUCCCUCCAGCCUUUCCUCCCUCCUCCUUCACUCACCCUCCAUCCUCCCUCCCUCACCCUCCUUUCCAGCCCUCCUCCUGCUUGGCUGUCUCCUCCUCCUUUCAGCAGCCUGCCACCUCUGCUCCUCCAGCACACCCUCAGAACCUGCACAAUCCCCCUCCUCCCUCCUCCUCCACCUCCUCAUACCCUCCACUCGACAUAAGUGCCAUCUCUCAGUUCAAUUCUGCUGCCCCCUACCGCCCAGAUAUGGUACUGCACCACCCAUCUCUUCUCCCUCAGCUGGAUCCAUCGCAUCCCUCCAGCCUACCCUCCACCACCCCUCCUCAAGCCCUCUACCCUGCCUUUCCAUCCUACCCUCUGAGGCUCUGUCAGGACCCCCACUCAUCCCUCUCCAUCCCGUUCAGGCAUCUGUACGACAGCACCAGCAUGGCCAGGGGUCCUACCUGGAUAUGAGCACGAGACCUGUGUUUUAAAGACACUGAUAGCGCUUUUAGGACUUUUAAAAUUCAUGUUUAGCCUUAGCAUAAUUUGCCCCAGUACUGCCAGUGUGAGUGUGUGAGUGUCCUCUGUUAGUCAGCUGUUGAAUCUGAUGAAUGAAGAAUGAAACUGAUUUAAAUCUGUAUAUAGUUGUGGAAGAUUUCUUUUCAAAUAUUCUAUCCAUUCCAGUGUGAAAAA